UCUCAUAAUGAGUUAAUGAAACUUCUUUUCUUUCCCUUGGGCAGUGAAGAACUUGCCUAUUGUUUUCCCUCAAUCGUUCAACUAUCACCUUACAAGAGCAGGAAUAUCCAUAAGAUUGGUUUGCUUGUCAUUAAUUUGAAAUAUAGGAGAACAUAUUCCAGCCAGAGUCUACCCGAACCAGUUAGUGAAAGGCUCAUCACCAGCAGUCAAUUUCUCAAUCAUCCUUCUCAAAGUAGUUCCAGACAAUCUACUUGUUAUCAGAAAUUUGCAUCUGAAACUCAUUCUAUUCUUCAGUCCAGUAGUCUUCAGCACUGGUUCAAAAAUUGGCAAGAACAGAGAAAACAGAAAUUGACAGCAAGUACAUUUAGUGGGGCUAUUGGCUUUUGGCCUUGCCGAAGGGCCCAACUCUGGCUAGAAAAAAUUGGGGCAAUUGUGCCAUUUUCUGGUAACUUGGCUACCUGUUGGAGCAAUAUUAAAGAAGAGGAAGCACUUGAAAGAUACAAGCUGAUUACUGGAAAUACAGUUUCUUUUCCUGAAUUUCAGGUUUAUGGUAAGAUGAAUGCAGAAGAAGGUUGGUUAGCAGCUUCACCUGAUGGCUUAGUGGACAGGUUUGUUUAUGGGUUGCCUCUUAGAGGAGUGUUGGAGAUAAAGUGUCCAUUUUUUGGUGGUGAUAUGAGCAAGGCUUCCCCUUGGAGGCGGAUCCCCCUUUAUUGUAUUCCACAAGCUCAGGGUCUAAUGGAAAUUAUGGACCGGGAUUGGAUGGAUUUCUAUGUUUGGACUCCCAAAGGAAGCAGUCUUUUUAGGAUAUACCGAGAUGUAGAAUACUGGGAUGUUCUCAAAGUGGCGCUCUCUGACUUUUGGUGGAAGCAGGUUCAACCAGCAAAAGAAAUCUGUAGUAAAUAUGUGAUUACAGAUCCCCUCAGAGAAUUAAAAUCAUUAAGGCCAGCACCCAGGCAUGAAUUACUUACCUAUAUAGUUUAUGAAAGCAAACGUGUUGUUGACAAUUCCAAUUUAUUGAUUCGUGAAAUAAAUGGACAGCUGACAGACUAAUUUGAUGAGUGAGAUAUUGAAUUUUAAAGCAAGUCUGAUUCGUUUAUGACAAUGCUUUCCUGAGGUUUGAAUAGUCAUUGAAAAUUUUGGUUACUAUAAGUUCUCUCAUAGGAUGAUCAAGGUUGGAAGUUUUUGUUCAAGAUAAUUGUUAACCGGGGUGCAUGGAAUUGUUGUCAGGUGCCCUCCUCCAUUUGGUUGGACAAAGUUGAAGGCUGAAAGAGUUCCUAGGAACCUCAGCUGAUGAGGCAAUAUUGUAAAAUAUGGACAGGCAUUUUGCUAAAUAGGUUUACUCUGAAGUCUGUGAUUGAUCAUGCUUUUGGUUGUAUAACAGUGGGUUUUCCUGCAGUGCUUAAACUGACUCGAGAUGGAAGUUUUAAGGUGAGUCUUGGCUGAACCUAGUUCACUUUUGGCAUGAAGGUUGGACAACAAAAUCAAGUAGCCAUGAUCCUAAUAAGGCCCUUCUACAUGGCUAGAGGGACUUCUUGAAGAGAGAUUGGGCUUGAUAUAUGACACUACCUUAGAAUAGCUGUUAGCUUCCUAAUCAGUGAGCAUAUACUUGGACUUGCCUAGCCACAUUUUUGGUGAUCCUCCAGCUAGGUUGAUUCCUCCUGUGAGAGGUGAUUCUUUCUGGUUGUUUGGCUCUGUACUUGUCACCAUAAUAAGAUUAUCUUCAAAGGGGGACAAGAAACCUCUUUGGAGACCAGGAAUAUUUAUGUAAUGGUUGCAUCUCCUUAGGUCUUAUUUGUCCAUCAAAUCACUCCUGGAAUCCAGGAUAAAGAUUUAAAUGAUCUUAUGGCCUGGACUAGACAAUUGUGAUAGCUUGGGAGAAUGACGCUACAAAUUGGGCAGUUAGGGAAUGGUAGAAAGUUGGGCAAAGCAUAAUCCUGCAGCCAAAUCUAACGUUAAAGGGGACUAGACACCUCAGUCAGGCUUAGAUUUGGUGAUGACUCAGCCUAAGGAAGACUGCCUAUGGAAAAUCUUUAUCAAACAUUAUGCGAGGCAACACGAAGCACAAAAGGGUGAUGCCUUGGAUCUUGUACAGCCAACACUAUGGGGUAGGACGUCUACAAAAUAAGGUGGUGGCUUAUUGCAUGACCUGAUGAGAUGCAUUGCAUUGGGGUUAAGUUCUUCCAUAUCUGGCUGCUUAGUAUCAUCUUGAUUCAAGCAGUUAUGACAACUUGAUAAAAUCCUGGGUUGUUCAGAAUGAUGCUAGAGGAGCUGUAUGUGGAUUCAAGAUAUGAGUUAUGCAUAAGAUACCAAGAAAAUUGUACUGAAGACUUUGAGAUGCUUGGUUAGUGAUGUGGAGGGAAUGUUGAAGCAGAGCAUGAGGAAUGUUCUCAGAGGAAAUCAAGGAUGGACUACAGAUGGAUAUUAUAGUACAUUGAUUAGGAAAGUGUAAUCAUUUUUUAUUUUGAAAAGAGGCUGAUGCAAGAUACUGAGAAAGCUCUGAAGAUAAGGAGUUUGGGGCUCACCUCAAAUGCUCAAAGUCAAAUUUUCCAUUCGAUGGUCAUUGAUUUAUUGCUGUUGGAGAAAUAUAUAUGGAGGUUACCAUGUGGUAACAUGAAUCCUCUUGCUUUUACAGCCUCGAAUGAUUUGGUAAGAAAACAUUUGAAUUCUUUAUGGAGGUUUUUCUUUGCACAAAUGAAUUCAUUGAUAUGAUGGAGAGGGAUCAUGCCCGUUGCCAAUUGUUAGACCCUUUGCUUGAAGAACCAUAAAACUCUUUAUUAAGAGGGUUCUCGGUUUCAGACAAAAUCCCAUCUAAAGAAAAUCGAAUUAGCUUUCAUGCAAAGGCCUUCAAAAAGUAGGAGUUAUAAUGUGUUGAUAAUACUCUCUUUUGCGAUAGGUUUCUGCUGUAAAAGUUCAUUUUGCAGAUGUGCUAUGUAUGUAAUUGGGAUGUAUUGUUAUGAAGAAAAAUUGAUGGAACAGAAACACAGGUCAGAGCUACAUCUAACAUGAUUAUGAAGACAGCGUAUCAUCGUUCAUCUUAAAUGUCACAGAUCAUUUUGUAUAAAGCUAUAAGGUAUAAAUAUUGUUGUUGAUAAUACUUAAAAGGGGAAAAAAGGAAUACUACUUUAAUAGCUAGA